AAAACCCUAGUCCCCCCUCUCGCACUCUCUCUCUACUUUCUCUCACUGAAAGCAGUAGCUAAGACCGAAGAACAACUCCUCCGAAGAAAAUGCCGCUAGGGGAAAGGCCAGGGGACAAGAGCGAGUCCCGCUACUGCGGAAUUGAGACAGAUUUCAACGAUGACAUGCCUCAACUUUUGUCCUCCAAUCUCUCCUAUGGCGGAUUCGAUUUCGUUGUCGCUCCUUUGAUGGAUCCUUCUUAUCGGCCAAGCUUGAUGCAAAAAGAAAGUGGUGAAUACAGUGUUCUUCCAUUUGCUGGAUCAGACUUAGUUUUAAGCCCUUCUCAAUGGAGCAGUCAUGUUGUAGGAAAAAUUAGCUCGUGGAUUGACCUUGAUUCGGAAGAUGAGGCUCUUCGGUUGGAUUCUGAGACCACUCUGAAGCAAGAGAUUGCAUGGGCUUCUCAUCUCUCCUUGCAGGCUUGCCUACUUCCUGCUCCUAGGGGGAAGUCUUGUGCUAAUUAUGCUAGGUGCGUCAAUCAGAUUUUACAUAACCUAAACAGUAUGCAGUUGUGGCUUAGGAUUCCAUUGGUGAAAACUGACGACGACACUAUGGACACAAACUCGGAUCAUUUGAAUGAUUCUUGGGAGAUUUGGAAUUCAUUUCGGUUACUUUGUGAACAUCACAGUCGCUUAUCGAUUGCCCUUGACGUUCUGAGUUCAUUACCUUCACCAAACUCUCUUGGACGUUGGUUUGGAGAGUCUGUUCGAGCCGCCCUUGUUCAUACUGAUUCCUUUCUCACAAACGCAAGGGGUUAUCCAUGCCUAUCAAAGCGCCACCAGAAGCUAAUAACUGAAUUUUUCAACCAUUCAAUACAGAUCGUUAUAUCCGGAAAAGCAGUUCACAAUCUCCAAAGGGCAAUUGUAGAUACGGAUCAAAAUCAUAGUGUGGAGAGACAUCCCUUGAGGCCAUAUUUGGAUUAUGUUGCUUAUCUCUACCAAAAGAUGGAUCCCCUGCCCGAGCAAGAACGUUUUGAGCUUGGAUACAGGGAUUUCUUGCAAUCGCCCUUACAGCCUCUCAUGGAUAAUCUAGAGGCUCAAACCUAUGAGACAUUCGAGAAGGAUACAAUGAAGUACAUUCAGUACCAAAGAGCAGUCGGUAAAGCUUUACUAGACAGGGUUCCUGAUGAAGAGGCAUUGGCUAUUACAACAGUAUUGAUGGUUGUAGGAGCAGGGCGUGGACCUCUUGUGAGGGCAUCCUUACAGGCAGCAGAAGAAACUGGGCGUAAGCUCAGAGUUUAUGCUGUUGAGAAAAAUCCAAAUGCAGUUGUUACCCUUCACAGCUUGGUCAAACUAGAGGGCUGGGAAAGCAUUGUUACUAUUGUUUCCUGUGAUAUGCGUCACUGGAAUGCUCCUGAGAAAGCUGACAUUUUGGUUAGUGAAUUGUUGGGUUCCUUUGGUGACAAUGAGCUAUCUCCGGAAUGUCUUGAUGGAGCCGAAAGGUUUAUGAAGGAAGAUGGAAUUUCAAUACCAUCAUCGUACACAAGUUUCAUCCAACCAGUGACAGCCUCAAAGCUGUAUAAUGAUGUGAAGUCCCAUAAAGAUAUUGUGCAUUUCGAAACUGCUUAUGUUGUUAAAUUGCAUAGUGUUGCAAGACUGACUCCUACUCAACCUGUAUUUACAUUCACACAUCCAAAUCACUCAUCUGACAAAAGCAACCAUCGAUACAAAAAGCUGCACUUCAAAAUACCCAGUGAUACUGGAUCAGCUAUGGUUCAUGGCUUUGCCGGCUAUUUUGAUGCAGUAUUAUACCAAGAUGUCCAUCUUGGUAUUGAACCAUCAACAGCAACGCCAAACAUGUUCAGUUGGUUUGCAAUAUUCUUCCCACUAAAGACGCCAGUCUGUGUAAAUCCCGGUUCUCAUCUUGACGCGCAUUUUUGGCGCUGUUGCGGUCCCACCAAGGUUUGGUACGAGUGGUGUGUAUCAUCACCCAAUGCAUCGCCAAUUCACAACUCCAACGGACGCUCAUACUGGGUUGGCCUGUAGUUCUCAAAUUCCACACUUUUUUUCUCUUUUUGAAUUUGAAUGAAUGGAGAGGAGAAAAGGAGUUAGUUGCAGCAGAAAGCCAUAUCAUUUGUCUGAUCAGACGAAGAGAAACUAAUAUACACAAAUCUUUAGCCAGAAAUCUUAUGGUGCUUAAGCAGUAAUAAUUACUCACUGAUCUCCCUGAGCGAAAAAAAAAAAGAAAGGAAAAAAAGAGAAGUGCUCGCUGAUCUGGCUAAAACAAUGCAGGUUCUUGUGACUAUGGUUUUGCAUUCAUGUCAAUCAAUGGGAAUGUAUAUUGUAAUGUUGAGAUUUUUUUCUCUCUAUAUGGCACAAAAUGAUAUUUUUGAACCAUCAUUUUCAAUAUACUAUGUGAGAGGAGAAAAAGCAAGGAUUCGUGUUGUAAUCUAGUUUAGGUCUGGAGUUACUUGAAAAGAAGUGUACUUUUUCCCCCCUUCAUUUAA